GCUCCGGCCUUUCCUUCCCGCGGCGUCCGGCGGGCUCCGGCGACGGCCAGGCCUGAGCGGCCCGCCACCCGGACGCGCCGCGGCGCCGAGCCGCGGUUUUCUGGAUGGUCGCGAGUCGAGGUCCGCACCGGCCAAGGGAGGCGUCGUCGGGCCCCUGCGGAGACCCCGCCUCGGCGAGGACCCCGGGAGAGCGCGCUGGAAGGAUGCGGAGCCGCUGCCCCGGACUUCCGCCGCGGCAGGGGCGCCCCGAGGUGGACGCCGGGCAGCAGCUCCAGGCUGGGAGCUCAGUUUGUAAAGGUCUUAUGAGCGAGGACGGUGACUUUGGCUCCAAAGCCUCAAGGUAGUGACCUGCUUGACACGUCUAUCUCGGGUCCUCUCCAGGAGGACCUGGCCACCAAAGGGUCGUCUUCUGCUGCUGACCCCCAUCAAAUCCCAUCAUGCCCACAGCCCUGUGCCCCCGAGUCUUGGCUCCGAAAGAAAGUGAGGAGCCCAGGAAAAUGAGGAGCCCACCUGGAGAGAACCCUAGCCCACAGGGGGAGCUUCCCAGCCCCGAGUCCUCUCGUCGCCUCUUCCGCCGUUUCCGCUACCAGGAGGCCGCAGGCCCCCGGGAGGCCCUGCACCGCCUCUGGGACCUGUGCCGGGGCUGGCUGCGGCCCGAGAGGCACACCAAGGAGCAGAUCUUGGAGCUACUGGUGCUAGAGCAAUUCCUGGCCAUCCUGCCCCGGGAGAUUCAGAGCUGGGUGCGGGCCCAAGAGCCCGAGAGUGGCGAGCAGGCCGUGGCUGCCGUGGAGGCGCUGGAACGGGAGCCUGGGAGACCCUGGCAGUGGCUCAAGCACUGUGAAGACCCCGUGGUGAUUGAUGACGGGGACAGCCCUCUGGAACAGGAGCAGGAGCAGGAGCGGCUGUCAGUGGAGUCCCAGAGUGACCUUGCAAAGAGCCAGGAUGCCCAGCCCGUGGCCCUGGCACAGGGCUUUGGGCUCCCAAGCAGACCAGCAGGCCAACUCCAUGGAGACCCAGUUCCACAAGACGCUUUCCUUCUUCAGGAAGAGACUGUGAGGGACACACAGCAGGUGGCCACUCUCCAGCUGCCCCCGAAUCGGGCUUCUCCAUUCAAGGACAUGAUCUUGUGCUUCUCUGAAGAGGACUGGUCCCUCCUAGACCCUGCCCAGACUGGCUUCUAUGGAGAGUUCAUCAUUGAAGAGGACUGCAGGGUCUCAAUGCCUCCGAACGACCCAGCUGCGCACCCAGAUCUCUCCCAGGGAGAGGAGAGCGAGCUACAGGUUUCAGAAUUGCAGGACCUCCAGGGGAAAGAAGCGCCCCAGGUCUCCUACUUGGACCUUCCAAGUCUCCAGCCAUUCCAGGUGGAAGAAAGAAGGAAACGGGACGAGCUGCAGGUGCCAGAGUCCCAGACCUGCCAACAGACAUCGCCGGCUCAAAGCGCCUGCCCAGCUGGAGGCGACGCACCAUCCCUACAGCACAGCCUCGAGGAGGAAGUGACCAUCGAGAUUGUCCUGUCCAGCUCUGGGGACGAGGACUCCCAGCACAGCCCGUACUGCACUGAAGAGCCGGGGAGCCCCGCGGAAAAGCAGCGGGGGCUCCCCGCCUCCCGCCGGAGCAGUGCCGAGGCGGGGGGCGAGGUGCAGACCUCCUCCAAGAAGUGCUACGUGUGCCCGAACUGCGGGAAAAUCUUCCGCUGGAGAGUCAACUUCAUCCGGCACCUGCGCAGCCGCAAGGAGCAGGAGAAGCCGCACGAGUGCUCCGUGUGCGGGGAGCUGUUUAGUGACAGCGAGGACCUGGACGGGCAUCUGGAGACCCACGAGGCUCAGAAACCUUACCGGUGCGGCUCCUGCGGGAAGAGCUUCCGCCUCAACUCCCACCUGCUCUCGCACCGGCGGAUACACCUGCAGCCAGACACACUCGGGCAGGGGGCCUCGGAGGACGCUGGCGAGGACCCCAGCCACCUGCUGGGAAAGGGCAAGGCCAAGCUGAGCUUCCAGUGCUGUGACUGCGGGAAGGCGUUCCAGCGGCACGACCACCUGGUCCGGCACCGCAGCUACUUGCACCCGAAGGACAAAGCCCGGCCCUUUCAGUGCCGGUACUGCGUCAAAAGCUUCAAGCAGAACUGCGACCUCCUCCGCCACGAGCGCCUGCACAUGAAACGCCGGUCCAAGCAGGCUCUGAACUCCUACUGAGCCGCGGCCCCUGGGCGGGUGCUGCCCUCGCGCCCCAGCCCGGCCCCUCCCCGGGCCAGAGGGCGCACCUCCUCCUGCCCUUGCUCUCAGGUAGUGCCCAACUUUUGCGUGGUGCCAUGGUAGUCCCCUCCCUCCCCACAGAUAAUGAGAGAGCGGCCACUAAGAGUGUGUUUUGUUUCUGCUGUGCCAAAAAACAGGGAGGGGCGUCACUACCAGCUUCAACGUACCCGGUGUGUCGGGUCUUAGGGACCCCCGCCAAACGCCCUCAGAGCUCAUGGAGGGGACUGCGUUGCUCCUGUCGCAGCAACCUCCCGGUCACCAACCGCCCCUCAGUACACUCCUUCCCAUCCUACCCUGUCUAAACACUAGGGGCGGAUUCUGAAGUUCAAGGGUGGCUGCUGGAGGGUGACUGGCGGGCAGGACCUGUAGGCGCAGCCCGGAGCAGUGCCUGCAAGCACAACAGCCAUGUCAUGGCACCAGAAGUCUGAGCCCAGGUCCCUGACCGUCAGGCCCACAGGCAAGGAGCACUGCAGAGACCCUGAGAUUACCAGGUGGCCCUUUGGGCCUGGAGUCCAUGGUGGGAAGCCCCAGAGCUCCUUGAGGUGUGGAAGCUCCUCAUGCCUUUGGAUUUGCCUUGGCGGCUGGUUGUUUGGGACCAGGAGCUCAUGGAAGGCAAAGCUUGUGUUUUAAAUUAUGUUGCACACCCUCCCCAAACUGUCUUGUCUCUGUACCCUGAAGGCCCUUGGUGAAUGCUUGUGGGAUGGAAACGGAGUUGUCAUCAUUUAAAAGGCACUUAAAUCCCUCCUCCCACUCGGUCCUGUCUAGGAAUAUGGAGCUCAGCCCCUAAUGAAGGGUUCUGUCUGGGUGAGCCAAGCCCCGAACAGAAUCUUCCAUGACGUCCUACUCUGUGGACACUUAGAGUACCGGUUGUGCUAGUUUCCUAGGGCUGUUGUUAGAAAGUACCAAACACCGCGUGGCUUAGAAUGACAGAAAUGAAUUGUUUUUCGUAGUUUUGGAGGCUACAAGUCCCAGGUCAAGGUGUCAGCAGUUUGUCCCUUCUGAGGGCCGUGAGGCAGAGCCUGCUCCGUGUCCUAGCUUCGGGUGCCUUCUUGGCAGUUGUUGGUGUCCCUUGGUGUGUGGAAACAUCGCCCCAACUCUGCCUUCACUGUUACACGGUGCUCUCGCCAUGGCUGGUCUGUGUCCAAGUUUCCCUUUUGUAUAAAGACACCAGUCAUGCUGGAUUAGGCCCACCCUCCCUACUCCAGUAUAACCUCAUCUACAUCUGCUGUGGCUGUUUCCAAAUAAAGUCACAUUCUGAAGUACUAGGGGUUGGGGCUUCGACAUUGGAAUUUUAGGGGGACACAAUUCAACCCACAACUCCAGUUAAUCCUUCAGUGUGCUGUCAUUACUGAUUCACGCGAGUCACUACAAACCAGUUAGCUUGCUCACGGUUCCACUGAAGGCAGGCUUCAGCCCCAAGCGUCUGCACUCAGGGCUGGUAUCCUCUGCAUGGAAGAUCUUACGCCUUUAAAGUUCAUAGCCUGGGGUUCUGGACUGUGGGAGACCAUUGGUAGUGAAACCUCAAGCAACCAAAAAUGUGGUCUUACUGUUCCUGGAAGACUGCUUAUGUCAGCUAGGGUCAGCAAUGAGGAGGCGUCGAGGCUGGAAUGUAGCAGUGGCUGAAUCUGAAAGCCACACCCAGGUAGGUAUUUUGUGCUGUGUACACCAGAUCCCCCCAUGGGCAGUAAGCCUGGGUAAGUGAAUGCAAGGUGCCUGGUGCUCUGUCACCCACAUAAUUUUCACAUCAAGAAGCCUCUGCUCCAAACCCAAUAAGAAAGUUAAAAGAUUUUAUAACUACAAUCACUGUUUCUGUGUAGGUGCAUCUACAUAUCCAGGAAUAGUAAAUGCAAUAAAACCAUUUGGCCAUACUUUGAACAAGAAAUAAACUGUUGAGGCUUUUAGUUUCUAAA